UUUAGGGAUAUCCAAAUGGAGUUCCGUAAAAGAUAUGAUUGCACCAUCCGUGCUGUUACACAAGAAGGUGACUCGGAUUGUGUGAAGGUGGAAGAAGAAAAAUUAGCUAACGAAAAGAUUCGCUAUAUUACAUACGACGUUUAUUUUGACCGUUCGACUCAGAAAGUUCGAUGUGAGUGCAACAUGUUUGAGAAUUCAGGCAUACUGUGUUGUCACUGUCUUGUUGUGUUUUUCUUUUAUAAAGUAAACAGAGUACCUAUCUGCUAUGUUCUCCCUCGUUGGAGCAAGAAUAUAAAGCGCAAGCACACCUACAUUAAGAGUAGUCACGACGUGAGUCGUUCGGAUGAGAAUCGUAACUUAUACAAAGGGUUAUGUACACACUUCUUUAACGUCGCUCAGGAAUUCGUGAAUUGUGACGAGGAAGCAGCCAUAUUGCAUGCUGCUCUGGACGAUGCAAGGACCAAGCUGACUAAAGUUGGAAGAAUGAAACUGGGAUCACAAGGUUUGGAGGUAUCUCAGCAAGGACUUGGAUGCAUGGGAAUGUCUGCUUAUUAUGAUCCUCCAAAGCCAGAACCUGACAUGGUUGCUCUCAUUCACCAUGCUGUUCAAAGUGGUGUCACAUUCCUUGAUACCACUGAUGUCUAUGGUCCUCACACCAACGAAAUUCUGAUUGGAAAGGCUUUGAAUGGAGGGGUGAGAGAGAAGGUUGAAUUGGCAACCAAGUUUGGUAUCCGCAUUUCUGAUGAUGGAAAAUUUGAGAACCGUGGUGAUCCAUCAUAUGUGAGAGCUGCCUGUGAGGGAAGCUUGAAGAGACUUGACAUUGAUUGCAUAGAUCUCUAUUACCAACAUCGAAUCGAUACACGUGUUCCAAUCGAAAUAACGAUUGGUGAGCUUAAGAAGCUUGUUGAGGAGGGAAAAAUAAAAUACAUUGGUCUAUCCGAGGUUUCAGCUUCAACAAUCAGAAGAGCACAUGCUGUUCAUCCCAUAUCAGCUGUGCAGUUAGAAUGGUCUCUUUGGUCAAGAGAUGCUGAAGAAGAAGUGAUUCCAACUUGCAGGGAACUUGGUAUUGGAAUUGUUGCAUAUAAUCCUCUGGGGAGAGGAUUCCUUUCAUCAGGAACAAAGUUACUUGAGAAUUUAUCUGAGGGUGACUUAAGACAGAAUCUGCCUAGAUUCCAACCUGAGAAUCUGGAGAAGAACAAGACUAUAUUCGAGAGGGUUAAUGAAAUGGCGGCGAAGAAGGGAUGCACUCCAUCUCAGCUUGCAUUGGCAUGGGUUCACCACCAAGGAAAUGAUGUCUGCCCCAUUCCUGGAACCACCAAAGUUGACAAUUUUAACCAACACAUUGCUGCUUUAUCUGUGAAACUUGCACCACAAGAAAUGGCAGAACUCGAGUCCUUUGCUGCCGCGGACACUGUCAAGGGUGAUAGAUACGCCGGAGAUCUGAGUACAUGGAAGAACUCUGAUACUCCACCACUCUCUUCUUGGAAAGAUGUUUAAUUUUCUUGCUGUUGAUUUGUUC